UUGUUUUUUACCUUUCUUUUCUCCUCUCACUCUCACCGAGCAAAGACUAGAUAAAAAUCUCAGUCCACCGAACCAAGACACAAGGCAAAGCUAGGCAUACAAUACCAAACCACAAAACCCUCCGAAGGAUCUAGCUUACUGACAAUGGUGGCGACGAACGUGAAGGCCGAAACCAUGUCUCUGAUGGACAAACGGACCUCGUUGGAGGCUGAGAUGAACGCCAUCAUCACUCACCUCACUCAGCCCGGCGCUCCUGGCCUUUCCGGCAACCUCAUCGAUUCUGAGGGCUUUCCUCGUUCUGAUAUCGACAUCCCAGCUGUUCGAGCCGAACGACGCCGUCUCGAAGAGCUGCGUAAUGAUCACAAGGAGGUGACUGAGAAAAUUAAUCAAAAUAUACAAAUUUUGCAUUCUGCAAGACUUGGAAAAUCACCCUUCAAGAAUUCAGGUAAUGACGAGGGUUCAGAUACUCAGACCUCAACAGCUGUAGACACCUUGGCCUCAACACCAGGUCAAAAUGUCCUUCUGAGACAAAACCCCAACUCAAUGGAUGUGGAUGUGUUGGUUAGUAGACCCUUUGCAAUGGUGGACGAGAUAGCAGAUGCAUCACCAGCAGUAGAGGAUGGUUUACAACUUGGAGAUCAAAUUUUGAAAUUUGGCAACGUGGAAGCUGGUGAUGAUUUACUCCAAAGGCUUUCUUCUGAGUCUCAGUCAAACCUGGAUCGUCCAAUUCCUGUUGUUAUCACGAGGCAAGGCACAGUGGUCAACCUAACUAUCACGCCUAGAACUUGGCAAGGCAGAGGUCUACUGGGAUGUCAUUUUCGGAUCUUGUAGGUAAGAUGAUUUUAUUCAUCUGAUGAUUUUAUUCAUCUUACAAUUCAGAAGACAGUUGUUCGUUUAAUUUUUUUUUUUUUUUUGCCUUUUCCAUUGGGAGUUUUUUACCUUAAUUAUUUCUUUAGGGAAGACUGUGUUUAUGUAAUAGAUAUUGGAAAAGAACAAUUGACCUUAGACUGUGUAGCUCGUUUAUGAUGACUGAAUGAUGCGUUAUCCUUUUUCGGACCAUC